ACCUCGCUGACAGCCUCCAUGACGUCACACGGCCGGCGAGCUAUGCUUCCCUCUAGCGGCGCCGCCUGCGCACUGCAGCCCGCUCAUCCCCAGCCAGGAGGACGCGGCGGCUCUCUGCCACUUUCCUUCUUCAGGAGCAGAUGUGAGCAUCGUGUGGAGGAGCAGCCCAGAAGUAGAAGCCGGCAGUCCAUCGGCUGAGCAUCUAGCUGAAGCCUCCCCCAGCAGGUCACAUGGACAUAAUGCUCCCCCUCAGCCUGCUCCUCCAUCUCCUGCUGCUCUCUGGCUCCCCCGCAGGUGCCACCGUGCAAAGGGAGGAAGCAGACUUUUAUGGAGAUGAAACCACGGGUUACGGGCCGGUGUUUGAGGAGCAGCCGGUGGACACCAUCUACCCUGAGGAGUCGCCCGAGGACAAGAUCACCAUGAGCUGUCGGGCACGAGCCAUCCCACCUGCCGCAUACAAAUGGACGCUGGACGGCGUAGAAAUUGACCCGAGCAGCGCCGCACACGAGCACUACGCUUUGUCGGGAGGAAACCUGAUCAUCAAAGAGCCCGUUAAAAGCCAGCAUGAGGGGAAGUAUUCCUGCCUGGCCAGCAACAUGUACGGGCUGGUCAUCAGUCAGGAGGCCACGCUCCAGUUUGGAUACUUGGACCUGUUCUCUUCCGAGGAAAGGGAGGCGGUGCACGUCAAAGAAGGGCAAGGGGCGGUUCUUCUCUGCGCUCCUCCUCCGCAUCAUCCAGCCGACCUGUCCUUCCGAUGGAUCCUCAACGAGUUCCCUAUCUUCAUCCCGCUGGACAACCGGCGCUUUGUCUCGCAAAUAACGGGCAACCUUUACAUCUCCAAGGUGGAGGCCUCAGACAGCGGCAACUACUCGUGCAUCGCAUCUAGCUCCUCCAUCUCCAAGAGCGUCUUCUCCAACUACAUCCCCCUGGUGCCCCACAGCGAACGUCCCAAUAAGAAGUACCCGGCAGACCUCCGAGUCAAGUUCCCAGACACGACAACUCUGGUGGGGCAAAACGUCACUUUGGAAUGCUUCGCAUUGGGAAAUCCUGUGCCAAAGAUCCGCUGGAAGAAGUUGGACGGCGAUCUGCCUCCCAACCACGAGUUGCGGACGUCUGAGGCGCACCUGCACCUGUACAACGUGCAGGUAGAGGACGGCGGUCUGUAUCAAUGUGAGGCGGUCAACUCAAAGGGAAAGGACUACCACAGCGCACUUUUGUCCGUGGAAGCUUUUCCUGAGUGGGUGGAGCGCAUCCGCAGCACGGAGAAAGACCUGGGCAGCGACUACACCAUGUCCUGCUCUGCCAGGGGAAAACCUCAACCUCGCAUCCGCUGGAUGAAGAACGGACAGCCGUUGGAGCAGAAGGAGCUGAGGUUGGUCAGCCUGAGGUUUGAGGACUCGGGGAUGUAUCAGUGCAUUGCAGAGAAUCACCAUGGAGUCAUCUUCGCCACCGCCGAGCUGCGUGUGUUUGCCUGCGCCCCCACAUUUCAACACAACCCCGUCAAACAUGUCCUGGCUCCGAGAAACGGCCGGGUGGUGAUGGAAUGUCGCCCCAAAGCGGCGCCCAGGCCCAGCAUCUCCUGGAGCAAAGAGACGGAACUGUUGAGCAACUCCAGCAGGCUGUUCAUCUGGGAUGACGGCAGCCUGGAGAUCCUGAACGUGACUCGUGCGGAUGAGGGCAGGUACACCUGCUUCGCCCAGAACGACCGCGGCAAGGCCAACAGCACCGGCUCUCUCUCUGUAACAGACUCCACCAAGAUCACCUUGGCCCCCUCCAACGCUGAUGUCACGGUGGGCCAGACCGCCUGGAUGCAGUGUGCCGCGUCACAUGACUCCUCGCUGGACAUCACCUUCAUCUGGUCCUUGGACGGACACACCAUUGACCUUGACCAGCAAGACCAGCACUAUGAACACCCCCUGAACGGGAGCUCCAGUGGUGAGUUGAUGAUCAAGAACGCUCAGUUGAAGCACGCUGGAGUCUACACCUGCACCGCCCAGACACCUGUGGACUACAUCACUGCCUCUGCCAGCCUGCUCGUUAGAGGACCCCCCGGGGCCCCAGCGGGGGUGCGAGUGAGGGACAAAAGUGAGAGGAACGUAACGCUGCAGUGGAGCCGAGGAGCAGACAACCACAGCCCCAUCUCCAAAUAUAACAUCCAGUGCAGGGACGCCUCCUCGCAGGAAGUGUGGAGGAACGCCAGCACAUUUCCAGCAGAUGUUGAAGGCAAUGCAGAGAUGGCCACCGUGGUGGACUUGGUGCCCUGGACCGAGUACCAGUUCCGGGUGGUGGCCACCAACACUCUGGGCACGGGGGACCCCAGCAAGCCGUCGCCUCAGGAGAAGACCUUGGCCUCACCUCCUGUGGUGGCGCCUUCUGAUGUGGACGGGGGCGGGGGGACCAGCAGGGAGCUGACCAUCACGUGGACGCCGGUCCAGGAGCAGUACUACUACGGUCCUGACUUUGGCUACAUCGUGGCCUUCAAACCACGAGCUGGCUCGGAGUGGACGCAGGUGACCGUGUCGGAUCCACAGGCCAAGCGCUACGUACACAAAGAUCCUUCUAUCCCUCCCUGGACCGAGUACCACGUGAAAAUCAAAGCCUUCAACGGCGCAGGGGAGGGGCCGUACAGUCUGACAGCGCUGGUCUACUCCGCACAAGAGGCGCCCUCUGACGCUCCUGCGAGUAUCGACGGCAAAGCUCUCUCGGCCACAGAAGCCAUGGUGUGGUGGCUCCCUAUCCCGCAGACCUACAUCGACGGAUACCAGGUGAAGUACUGGAAGAAGCAGGAAGACAGUGAAGGCGGGGCCCAAAGUGUCGUGGUCUCCGGCAGGGAAAACCAAACCAGACUAGACCGGAUGAAGCCGGACUCCACUUUUGUCAUCGAGGUGCGAGGAUACAACUCUGCAGGAUACGGGCCAGCCAGCGAGCGUCUGCACAUCCACACCAAGAGACCUCCUCCCAGUCAAGCUCCCACAAUCAUAGGCAGUAAGUACAAGGGCAAGAAUGUCAACGUGUCCUGGGAGGACGUGAAGACGCUCGCCAACGAGGCACCUGUGGAGCGUUACAAGGUGCUGUACAGAAAACAGGACCAGUCCAAAGUCCAGCUGUACGUCACACACACAUCGUACAUCGACCUUCCAGUCCACGAGGACGGGACAUACGUGGUGGAGGUCCGCGCGUCUACGGAGGGCGGAGACGGGGCCGUGUCACAAAUCUCCAUCACAGGAGGAAGUGUACUGGCCGUCCAGACCCUGAGUGCACUCUGCCUGCUCCUGGCCUCUCUUCUCUGCCUCAACCUCUGAAUGUAGCAGCUUCUCUGUCGUCACUUGGACGUGGAGGACAGUCUUCACGGCCUGCAAAGACUUCUGGGACUCUUUCCACCAUCAUUUGGUUCCAGGGUUCUCUUCUUAAGAAGUUAGUGGAAAUAGACAGGAACUUAUUUAUCCACAAAAUGUCUUUUUGGAGGAACGUCAAAGUUUGAAAACUGCCUUAUGUAAAUGUCUGCACUUAUCCUUCACAACCACCUUUCAUUUUUCAAACUUUUUGAUACAAAUUAAUGCCACAUACUCCAAUACUUCAAUCAACUGUGAAGGAUAAGUGCACUCCUUUAUCAGUAUCUCUCUACACAGCUUUCUUUACGUCUUGCUCUUUUAUGCUCUUUUCUUACAAAAGUGAAGCACAGCCUCUGUUGAAGACGAUACAGUCAAAGCAAACAUCCACCUUCAUUGGUAUCAAUUGUCACUGCCUGUCGGUGUCAUCAGCCACUACUUUAUCCCUCAAGUGUACUUAGUGUACUUACAUGAAGACCAUGUAAGGAGCAGCCAAUGUCAGCAUAGAGCCAAACUCAACCACAAGCGACUGCCAAGCCAGGCCAGGGAAAUCCAAACACUGUAACACCACCGACUGGGGACGCACAAAAGCAGAUGCUUGCAUUAAAACAAGCCAGCAAAUGAGCUUUAGAUGUCUCCACCGGGACAGGAGAAGUCUUCUAAUGACGCUCUGUCAAGCCCAAAUGCUUAAGUUUGGACCAGAGAUUCCUACAAACUAAAAGUCUUUGGAGGAGUUUCAGCAUUGCGGGGUUGGAGUUCUGGACACUUUGAGUCCACAUGUUCUUCUUUCACCAAGUGUCGGUCACACAUACGCACAUUCUUCAAAUAACAACUACUUCUUCAUUCGCAAUUGGAACUUGGCUUUAGAAAAACACCAACAUGCGGACACCUCGGUGAUGUACACACAACACAUUCUACUGACUAAGGCUUACUGCCGAAGCUAGCAAUCAUUGAACUGGACGCAACUUCUAAUGACACCACUUUGAUGAUGCAAGCCUGUGCGUGCAAAAUAAGAUGCACCGUAACACAGUCACAUGAUCAUUGUCACCACAUUGAAGACUAUGAUGCAUCAUAACAGUCACAUUAAAGACUAAGAUACAUCACAAUAGUCACAUUAAAGACUAAGAUGCAUCAUAACAGUCACAUUAAAGACUAAGAUGCAUCACAACAGUCACAUUAAAGACUAAGAUGCGUCAUAACAGUCACAUUAAAGACUAAGAUGCAUCACAACAGUCACAUUAAAGACUAAGAUGCAUCACAACAGUCACAUUAAAGACAAAGAUGCAUAACAACAGUCACAUUAAAGACCUAGAUGCAUCAUAACAGUCACAUUAAAGACUAAGAUGCAUCAUAACAGUCACAGUAAAGACUAAGAUGCAUCGUAAGUCACAUUAAAGACUAAGAUGCAUCAUAAGUCACAUUAAAGACUAAGAUUCAUCAUUACAGUCACAUUAAAGACUAAGAUGCAUCAUAACAGUCACAUUAAAGGCUAAGAUGCAUCAUAACAGUCACAUUAAAGACUAAGAUGCAUCAUAACAGUCACGUUAAAGACUAAGAUGCAUCAUAACAGUCACGUUAAAGACUAAGAUGCAUCAUAACAGUCACAUUAAACACUAAGAUGCAUCAUAACAGUCACAUUAAAGACUAAAAUGCAUCAUAACAGUCACAUUAAAGACUAAGAUGCAUCAUAACAGUCACAUUAAAGACUAAGACGCAUCAUAACAGCCACAUUAAAGACUAAGACGCAUCAUAACAGUGACAUUAAAGACUAAGAUGCAUCAUAAGUCACAUUAAAGACUAAGAUGCAUCAUAAGUCACAUUAAAGACUAAGAUUCAUCAUAACAGUCACAUUAAAGACUAAGAUGCAUCAUAACAGUCACAUUAAAGACUAAGAUGCAUCAUAACAGUCACAUUAAAGACUAAGAUGCAUCAUAACAGUCACGUUAAAGACUAAGAUGCAUCAUAACAGUCACGUUAAAGACUAAGAUGCAUCAUAACAGUCACAUUAAAGACUAAGAUUCAUCAUAACAGUCACAUUAAAGACUAAGAUGCAUCAUAACAGUCACAUUAAAGACUAAGAUGCAUCAUAACAGUCACAUUAAAGACUAAGAUGCAUCAUAACAGUCACGUUAAAGACUAAGAUGCAUCAUAACAGUCACGUUAAAGACUAAGAUGCAUCAUAACAGUCACAUUAAAGACUAAGAUGCAUCAUAACAGUCACAUUAAAGACUAAGAUGCAUCAUAACAGUCACAUUAAAGACUAAGAUGCAUCACAACAGUCACAUUAAAGACUAAGGGGCGGCAUGGUGUAGUGGGUAGAGCGGCUGUGCCAAAACCUGAGGGUUGCAGUUUCGCUCCCCGCCUGUUGACAUCCAAAUCGCUGCCGUUGUAUCCUUGGGCAGGACACUUCACCCUUUGCCCCCGGUGCAGCCAACACUGGUGAAUGAAUGAUAGGUGGUGGUCGGAGGGGCCGUAGGUGCAAACUGGCAGCCACGCCUCAGUCAGUCUACCCCAGGGCAGCUGUGGCUACAAAUGUAGCUUACCACCACCAGUUGUGAAUGAAUGAUGGGUUCCCACUUCUCUGUGAGCGCUUUGAGCAUCUAACAAUAGAAAAGUGCGAUAUAAAUCUAAUCCAUUAUUAUUAUUAUUAUUAAGAUAGGAUGGGAAACAUCUCUUCCUCAGACUUUUUGUUUGUCUUCCUGGCACUCCCUGAACGACCAGUCAGGACACAUUGAUGCACUUUCAGACUGUGAGAACAUAGAACUGUUUCAGCAGGAACCAAUGCUGAUAGUUUCCAAAAAUGCACAUUUAUUUAAAAAAAAAGCCAAAGUACACAAGAGGAGUUUUCAAAAACAUGUCAUGCACAUUUUGUCCAAAGCACACAAAGGCCAGAGCAGAUGAUGGGUGUGUGAGACAUCUCAAUAAUACAGUGAUGCAUUACAGUGGAUGUGCAAUAACUACUGUAAAUAUGGAAGCUUUAAAACUAGGGAAGAUGCAUUUUUAAUGAGGUGGAAAGUGGGAGACAAGGCUUUGUCAAGAAAUGUUUCCUCUUUGAGAUGUGAUGGACUUUGUCACAGGUGGGCAGACUUGUACUCCAGUAAGAACACCACUACUUUACAACAAUAGGACUCAAGUAAAAGUCAGAAGUAGUCAUCAAAAUCAUGAUUAGAGUAAGAGUAAGUAAAAAUUCUGGCAAAAAACUACUCAGGUAUUGAGUAACUUGUGAGUAACUUCUGAUUCUUUUAGUAGUUUUUUUUAUGGGUCUUGUACUGCAAUUGUAGUUGGUGUGUGUGUGUGUGUGUGUGUGUGUGUGUGUGUGUGUGUGUGUUUGUGUGUUUACAAAACAUACAAUUAAUUCACAACUGACUUCAACAUGUUUUGUGUGGUUAGAAGUAUAAUUGCUGUCAGUAGAAAAGUGACAGAGAUGAUGAUAUAAAUGUUGUUGGAAAGAAAUGAUUGAAGAUGUGUUUGCUGCCUCGUCUGACGUCAUGUAACUUUUUACACUCAGUACCUUUCCAUGCACUAAAUGAGUGUGAUUUGUCCAAUAAUUCACUUUCUUCUAUUUUCCUCCAGCUGCAUGUGAAGUUAUUUUGCUGUGACAGUACGCCAGGCUUCACGGUGGCAGAGGGGUUAGUGCGUCUGCCUCACAAUACGAAGGUCCUGCAGUCCUGGGUUCAAAUCCAGGCUCGGGAUCUUUCUGUGUGGAGUUUGCAUGUUCUCCCCGUGAAUGCGUGGGUUCCCUCCGGGUACUCCGGCUUCCUCCCACCUCCAAAGACAUGCACCUGGGGAUAGGUUGAUUGGCAACACUAAAAAUUGGCCGUAGUGUGUGAAUGUGAGUGUGAAUGUUGUCUGUCUAUCUGUGUUGGCCCUGCGAUGAGGUGGCGACUUGUCCAGGGUGUACCCCGCCUUCCGCCCGAUUGGAGCUGAGAUAGGCGCCAGCGCCCCCCGCGAUUCGAAAGGGAAUAAGCGGUAGAAAAUGGAUGGAUGGAUGGAUGAUGAUAUAAAUGUUGUUGGAAAGAAAUGAUUGAAGAUGUGUUUGCUGCCUCGUCUGACAUCAUGUGACUUUUUACACUCAGUACCUUUCUAUGCACUAAAUGAGUGUGAUUUGUCCAAUAAUUCACUUUCUUCUAUUUUCCUCCAGCUGCAUGUGAAGUUGUACUUUCUUAUGUGUCAUGUGAGUGAUGGCCAUACACAGUGUGCCUCUCCUACACUAGGGGGCGACAUCUUCUUCACACAUGUUACAUGUUAAUACAGUAGAAGAAGAUCUUGUGAGUGAUGGCCAUACGCAGUGUGCCUCUCCUACACUAAGGGGCGACAUCUCCUUCACACAUGUUACAUGUUAAUACAGUAGAAGAAGAUCAUGUGAGUGAUGGCCAUAAGCAGUGUGCCUCUCCUACACUAGGGGGCGACAUCUUCCUCACACAUGUUACAUGUUAAUACAGUAGAAGAAGAUCUUGCUGGGUGCUAAUAAAGUAGCAACUUUAAAGCUAACAGAUAAGUACAACUUUGCACUGCUUGUUUAAGUUGUUGGUAAUGUUUGAAUGUGUUGAAUCAGAAUCAGAAUAGUUUUUAUUGCCAUUGUUUGAGAACGGGUUCACAAACUAGGAAUUUUACCUGGCGCAAUGGUGCAACAUAAAGGACAUAUACGACAGGAUAGGUAAUAAGAUGAGCUGUAAGUGAGCUAUCAGAUCUUGUUAUUGUUCACGUGUCUGAUGGUCGAAGGAAAAAAGUGUUCAGGUGGCGGGAGGUGUGGGUCUGGAUGGACCGUAGUCUCCUGCCUGAGGGGAGAGGAGAGAAGAGUUUUUGUCCAGGGUGAGAAGAGUCAGCUGUGAUCCCACCCACACGCCUCCUGGUCCUGAAGAAGAACAGGUCCUGGAGGGGUGGGAGUUUGCUGCCAAUCACCUUCUCAGCAGCACGUACCAUGCGCUGCAGUCCAUGCUUGUCCCGGACUGUGGAGCCGGGGAACCACACGGUGAUGGAGGAGGUGAGGAUGGACUCGAUGAUGGCUGAGUAACUGCACCAGCAUCUCAGUUGGCACUUUCAGUUUUUUCUGCUGCCGCAGGAAGUACAUCCUCCGCUGGACCUUCUUGAUGAGGGAGCUGAUGGUCGGCUCCCGCUUGAGGCCCUGGGUGAUGGUGGUGCCCAGGAAACGGAUGGAGUCCACAAUUGAGACGGGGGUAGGAAAGUCGAUCAGGCUGAGGGGGGGAUGGUGGAGCUUUGACUUUCCUGAAGUCCAUGAUCAUCUCCACUGUUUUCUGGGGGUUCAGCUCCAGGUUGUUGAGGCUGCAACAGGACGCCAGUCGGUCCACCUCUCUCCUGUAGGCAGACUCAUCACCAUCCGAGAUGAGCCCGAUUAGAGUAGUGUCGUCCGCAAACUUGAGCAGCUUUACCAACUGGUGACUGGAGGUGCAGCAGCUUGUGUACAGGGAGAAGAGCCAGGGGGAAAGUACACAUUCUUGAGGAGUACCAGUGUUCGUGGAUCCACUGUCCGAGACAAUCUUCCCCAGCUGCACGUGCUGUCUUCUGUCUGUCAGGAAGUCAUUAAUCCAACUGCAGAGGGAGUCGGGCACGCUGAGCUGGUAGAGCUUUCCAGGGAGAAUGGUGUUGAAGGCAGAGCUGAAGUCCACAAACAGGAUCCUCGCGUAGGUUCCUGGGGAGUCCAGAUGCUCUAGGAUGAAGUGGAGGGCCAGGUUUACUGCAUCAUCCACAGACCUGUUGGGUCUGUAGGCGAACUGCAGUGGGUCCAGGAGGGGGGCGGUGAUGUCCUUGAGGUGGGGCAGGACCAAGCGCUCAAAGGACUUCAUGACCACAGACGUCAGCGCCACCGGCUUGUAGUCAUUAAGUCCUGUGAUCCGAGCUUUCUUGGGGACAGGGACGAUGGUGGAGGUCUUGAAACAGGACGCCACGCGGCAUAGCCCAAGAGAGGUGUUAAAAAUGUCAGUGAAGACAGGAGCCAGCUCAUCCGCACAGUCUCUCAAGCUGGAGGGGGAGACACCAUCAGGCAUGGGGGCCUUCCGUGUGUUCAGCUUCAAGAACUGCCGGCGUACAUCCUCCUCUCGGCUGGAGAGGGUCUUUGGUGAAGUCCUGUGAUGUUCUUGGAGUCCUUUAAUGUAGAUCUGGAGUUGGUGGGGAGGGUGAUGGUGGGGGGAGCAGAGCUUUGAUGAGCUGAAGGCCGUUCAGGACGACAGUAAUGUGUGUUGAGGUCCUGAGCGAGAGUCCGGUCAUUCAGUGCCUGGGUGGCUUUGGGCCUUUAGUUCGUAAGGGCCCUUAAUCCUCUCCACACGGCUGCAGAGUCAUUGGAGCUGAACUGUUCCUGUGGACGGUUAGAGUACACAGAUUGAGCUUUCUCCACUUCUCUGAUGAAGUGGUAGUUCGCUUCUCUGUAGGUACUACGGUCCCAGCUCCUCAACGCAGUGUCCUUUUUCUUGCGCAGCUGUUGGAGCUUGGGUGUGAACCAGGGCUUGUUGUUAUAACAAGCCCUGGUGCGCGUUGGAAUGAUGCGUGCCUCAUUGAACUGUAUGUAUGAGGUCACAGUGUCCGUAUACUUGUCCCGAUUGUCUGUGGAUGCUCUAAUUGCCUCCCAGUCUGUCGUCUCCAAACAUGCGCACAGCUACUCCACAGCCUCGUCGGUGAAACACUUAAUGGUCUUCAUAACAGGUUUAGUCAGUUUCAGUUUCUGUCUGUAUGAAGGGAUUAAGUGCACCAUCACAUGAUUUGACAGUCCAAGGGCAGCACGCGGGACUGCAUGGUAUGCCUUGAUUAUUGUGGUGUAACAGUGAUCCAAAAUGUUCUCCUCUCUGGUCGGGCAUUUAAUAAACUGGGUAAUACCUGGCUCAGAUUUCCCUUGUUAAAGUCAACAAGCACGACAACAAGGGAGUCCAGAAAAGACCGUUCCAUGUGUAAGAUCUGGUCUGCAAGCGUGCGCUGAGCGUCACGCGCGUCCGCGCUGGGCGGUUUGUAGGCAGCCACCAGAAUGAAGGAAACAAUCUCACGCGGUGAGUAUAAAAGCUUACAGUGAAUGAAAAUAUAUUCCAGAGCAGGAGAGCAGUGUUGGGAAAUCACCGUCAUGUCUGUACACCACUUGUUGUUGAUGAAGAAGCAGACUCCAUCGCCUCUUGUUUUGCCGGAGAGCUCCGUUUCUCGGUCCGCGCGGAGCGUAUAAAAGUAGUUGCCACAGUCGAGGAGUCUGCUAAGACAAAGUGAAGAGUGAAGAAGCGUAUAAAAGUAGUUGCCACAGCCGAAGAGUCUGCUAAGACAAAGUGAACAUGGCGGAGUGUAAAAGUGUGUGAGCAGCACCAUCACAGAAGGUGCACUUGGCAAUUUUCCACUUUUGGGUAGAGACACAGAGCUGUGACAGGAACAGAGCGCCAAGACCGGCUUAUCUGGGCUGCAGCCCAGGGGCCCCACCCAAUCAGGGGCCACCUUUUGUGAUAGCAGUGUUUGGUGUUCCUGGCUUUCAACAACCAACCUCGGAGCUUGGCCGUCGCCUGCGGCAGAGAGCAGUGUACUACUACUGAGCUAAAACCCUCCUGGAUGGCAGCACUCUGAUACAAUACAGAUAUUGCACGAUGCCGAUACCACAUCAGCACAAGUCAUUCACACAAAGUCUCUGCAGGCUCUUAACAAGUCAAACUGAAGACUUUUUGAGACCAUCAUUAAUACAAAUGGAUGUGAAGCCACAUUAAGGGACGGAACGUAAUAGGUCGGCAACCUUGACACAUUUUGUGCACAAAAACUUGUCAAAUGAGUUGAAUGUAGUGUAUUGUAAGUUAUAUUGCUUUGCAUUACAGGCCAUCAAGUUUCAUGUCAAAAAAUACAUCUUAUUGAUAACCAUUUUUUUUACAAUAAACUGGGGGCCAAAAAUGGCCCCUGAGCCGCACUUUGGACACCCCUGGUUUACAGUCAGUACACUACAAGCCAUACCCUCAAUGAUUCAGCUUCCUAGAAUGGUCUGUUGAGGACACCCUUUGUGUGGGGCAUAGGUCAGGGCUCUGUUGCAGUACAUCUGUGUGAAAGGGGCUCAAAUCUUGUUUGUUGAAAUAUUGGAGGUAUUUAUUUUGCUUUGGCUGUAUCAGGCUGGUGCUUCUUCCUUCAUGGCCACCAAACAGCACAGGAAGUUCUCACCACACCGUUUGCUGCGGAAUACCCAAACUACUUUACUACGCUCAACCCUAAACUAGUUUAGUAUGUUAAAGCCUAAACUACCUUGCCAGAGUAACUAGUGUGAGUCAGCAAGAUCAAGGUGAUCCAGCAUGCCCUACUCAGCCAACACUCCAUGCAAACUGAGACUCUUGACGAGGAAAAGUGGAACCGUGCUGCUUGGUGGAAACACGACGUAAAACAUGCACCAGGUCCCAACAAAACAAGAUGGUUUAACUCCUCUCAUCUUCUCAUUCUUCAAGCUGGCUCUUAUUUUUCUCUUCUUGUUUGUCAUCAUUGCCACACACACUUUGUUUUGUUGUUUGUCAUCAUUGCCACACACAAUUUGUGUUGUUGUUUGUCAUCAUUGCCACACACCCACACUUUGUGUUGUUGUUUGUCAUCAUUGCCACACACACACACGUUGUGUUGUUGUUUGUCAUCAUUGCCACACACACUUUGUGUUGUUGUUGUUUGUCAUCAAUGCCACACACACACUUUGUGUUGUUGUUUGUCAUCAUUGCCACACACACUUUGUGUUGUUGUUUGUCAUCCUGCUGCGUCCAUGUGUGCAGUCACCAAGUGCUGGUGCCACUGUCCUCCAUGCUACAUGCUACAUGCUACUUAUUACACAAUGCAUGACUGGCCUACAUUUUUGUUGAGGAGGAAGUGUGAGGUGCAUGACAUCAUGACAUCAUCAGAUCAUGACAUCUUCACAUCCUGCGUGGCCUCCCUUCACACUACAGAGCAUAGACCUAAACCUCAUCUGUGCUUUACAAGUCAUUUCUCAUGACGCUUUUUUCCCUCUAAAGUGUGAGGGACAAAUACUGGAAUUACUUGUUUGCUGGAGAAGAAACAAUAAAAGUCUAGUAAAGUGUU